AUGGCUAAGGUGGAAAAGAGGAGGGCUGACCUCUCCAGGGAGCUUGAGGAGAUCAGUGAGAGGCUUGAGGAAGCUGGUGGAGCAACAGCUGCUCAGAUUGAGAUGAACAAGAAGCGUGAAGCUGAGUUCCAGAAGCUGCGUCGUGAUCUUGAAGAGUCAACCCUGCAACAUGAAGCUACCGCAUCAGCUCUCCGCAAGAAGCAGGCAGACAGUGUUGCAGAGCUGGGAGAGCAGAUCGACAACCUCCAGCGUGUCAAGCAGAAGCUGGAGAAGGAGAAGAGCGAGUACAAGAUGGAGAUUGAUGACCUCUCCAGCAACAUGGAGGCUGUUGCUAAAGCUAAGGGCAACUUGGAGAAAAUGUGCAGAACUCUUGAGGACCAGUUUAGUGAGCUCAAAGCCAAAAAUGAUGAGAACGUUCGCCAGCUGAAUGACGUUAAUGGACAGAAGGCCAGACUGCAGACAGAGAAUGGUGAGUAUUCCCGCCAACUUGAGGAGAAGGAAGCUCUUGUAUCCCAGCUGACCAGGGGCAAGCAGGCCUUCACUCAGCAGAUUGAGGAGUUUAAGAGGCACGUUGAGGAGGAAGUGAAGGCCAAGAAUGCCCUGGCCCAUGCUGUUCAGUCAGCUCGCCAUGACUGUGAUCUGCUCAGAGAGCAGUUUGAGGAGGAGCAGGAGGCCAAGGCUGAGCUGCAGCGAGGAAUGUCUAAGGCCAACAGUGAGGUGGCUCAGUGGAGAUCCAAAUAUGAGACUGAUGCUAUCCAGCGCACUGAGGAGCUGGAGGAGUCCAAGAAAAAGCUUGCCCAGCGCCUGCAGGAUGCUGAGGAAUCCAUUGAGGCUGUGAACUCAAAGUGUGCUUCUUUGGAGAAGACCAAGCAGAGACUGCAGGGUGAGGUGGAGGACCUCAUGAUUGAUGUGGAGAGAGCUAAUGGUCUGGCUGCCAACCUUGAUAAGAAGCAGAGGAACUUUGAUAAGGUCCUGGCAGAUUGGAAACAAAAGUAUGAGGAAGGCCAGGCAGAGCUGGAAGGAGCCCAGAAGGAGGCUCGUUCUCUCAGCACUGAACUCUUCAAGAUGAAGAACUCUUAUGAGGAGGCUCUUGAUCAGCUGGAGACCAUGAAGAGAGAGAACAAGAACCUGCAACAGGAGAUCUCAGACCUGACAGAACAGAUUGGUGAGACUGGAAAGAGUAUCCACGAGCUGGAGAAAUCCAAGAAAACUGUGGAGACUGAAAAGACGGAAAUUCAGUCAGCACUGGAGGAAGCUGAAGGUACACUGGAGCAUGAGGAGGCCAAGAUUCUCCGUGUUCAGCUUGAGCUCAACCAGAUCAAAGGUGAGGUUGACAGGAAGCUGGCAGAGAAGGAUGAGGAGAUGGAGCAAAUCAAGAGGAACAGCCAGAGGGUGAUUGACUCUAUGCAGAGCAAUCUCGACAGUGAGGUCAGGAGCAGGAAUGAUGCCCUGAGAGUCAAGAAGAAGAUGGAAGGAGACCUGAAUGAGAUGGAGAUUCAGCUGAGCCAUGCCAACAGGCAGGCUGCUGAGGCCCAGAAACAACUGAGGAAUGUCCAGGGAACGCUGAAAGAUGCCCAACUGCACCUUGAUGAUGCUGUCAGAGGACAGGAAGACAUGAAGGAGCAGGUUGCCAUGGUGGAGCGCAGAAAUGGCCUGAUGGUGGCUGAGAUUGAGGAGCUGAGAGCCGCUCUGGAGCAGACAGAGAGAGGACGCAAAGUGGCUGAGCAGGAGCUGGUUGAUGCUAGUGAGCGUGUUGGACUGCUUCACUCUCAGAACACCAGUCUUCUGAACACCAAGAAGAAACUGGAGGCUGACCUUGUCCAGGUUCAGGGUGAAGUGGAUGAUUCUGUUCAGGAAGCAAGAAAUGCUGAGGAGAAAGCCAAAAAGGCUAUCACUGAUGCUGCCAUGAUGGCUGAGGAGCUGAAGAAGGAGCAGGACACCAGCUCUCACCUGGAGAGGAUGAAGAAGAACCUGGAGGUCACAGUCAAGGACCUGCAGCAUCGCCUGGAUGAGGCUGAGAACCUCGCCAUGAAGGGUGGCAAGAAGCAGCUCCAGAAACUGGAGUCCAGGGUCCAUGAGCUGGAAGCUGAAGUUGAGGCUGAACAAAGACGUGGAGCAGAUGCUGUUAAAGGAGUUCGCAAAUAUGAGAGGAGAGUGAAGGAGCUGACCUACCAGACUGAGGAGGACAAGAAGAAUGUGACCAGACUUCAGGAUCUGGUGGACAAGCUGCAGCUCAAAGUCAAGACUUACAAGAGACAGGCUGAGGAAGCCGAGGAGCAGGCCAACACUCAUAUGUCUAGGCUCAGGAAGGUUCAGCAUGAGAUGGAGGAAGCUCAGGAGCGUGCUGACAUCGCUGAGUCCCAGGUCAACAAGCUGAGAGUCAAGAGCCGUGAUGCUGGAAAGUCUGACACUGCUGAAUAAGAGACAACAACCUGGUGACACAGCCUUUUGACAGAGUUCAUAAAAUAUGAAUUAGCUGUUUUGUAUUCUUAUAAUGUCAAUAAACUGUGUCCUCAUAA